AUGCUUCAAGGAGCGCUCCCAAUUCCAGCACCAUCUACCAAGCGUUAUGGCAUUGAGCAUAAUUCAUUGAAGGGAGAAAUUUCACCAUUGAUUUGCAAUGUGAGUUCACUCGAAGAACUACUUUUGUUUGAUAACAAUUUGAGUGGCACGCUUCCUCGUUGUUUAGGAAACUUCAGUAGUUCUUUGUCAGUAUUCGAUCUGGGUGGGAACAACUUCUACGGCCCCAUCCCAAAAACUUGGGCAAAGGGAAGUAGCUUAAGGAUGAUUGACUUGAGUCAGAACCAGUUACAGGGUCAGCUACCAAAAUCACUAGCUAAUUGUACCAUGCUAGAGUAUCUUCAUGUCGGCACCAAUCAGAUCAAUGAUACCUUUCCGUUUUGGUUGGGAACUCUUCCCCAGCUGAAGCUUCUUGUUUUGCGUUCUAAUGAGUUCUAUGGUGUAAUAAGGAAUCCUGAAACCAAUCAUGCAUUCCCCAUGUUACGUAUCAUUGACAUCUCUCACAACGAUUUCUCAGGAAAUUUGCCUUCGGGGUACUUUCAACAUUGGACUGCCAUGAAAACAUUUGAGAGUACAACACAGUUGACAUACAUGCAAGCAAGUUUCAGCGGAGAAGGGUGGGAUUCACAAUUCAGUUACUCAUUUACAAUAACAAACAGAGGUAAAGAGCUAAACUAUUACACGAUCCAAGAUACCUUAUCAGCCGUAGAUCUCUCAAGCAAUCGAUUUGAAGGGAAAAUCCCAGAAGAAAUUGGAAAUCUAAAAGCUCUUCAUUUGCUCAAUCUUUCAAACAAUGAUCUUACCGGUCAAAUCCCACCGCCCUUGGGAACUGGGAAGCAUGACAGAGCUAGAAUCUCUGGACCUCUCUAG